CGGAGGAGGAACCGUCCAGAGCUCCUUCUAUCAGGAGACUGAGAGCUCCUCCUCUCAGGAGACUGAGAGCUCGACGGCUGCUUCAUAAGAAGAGAAUCCUUGAAGACCUCGCUUUCAUGUACGCCAUAACAGUUCGCGCAUAUGCUUCGAUAUACAGACACAGAGACCUGUAAAGGGAUGCAAAGUAAAAGCAUACACAUGUAAAAGUCUGUGAAUUAUGAAAUAAAGAAAAUCAUGUCGGAAGAACGCAGCAUUCCUGACGCUUUGUUGGAAGCCGUGGCAGAAUUAAACAGAAACGAUGAACAUUUAGCCCCACCGCCGAUCGAUCCACUACAGCCUUUAGAAAACGCAUUGCAAGUCCUCCUUCAAAACAUUGAAAACGAACGGCUCGCCGGUCUACUGAACUUUGACCCUCUGCAGCCGUUAGAAAAUGCUCUUCAGCUCUACGACCAGCAACAGCAGCAGCAGCAGGAGGAGGAGCAGGUGCAGCAACAAGUGCAGGAGCAGCAGCCCAGGGAGGACCGGCCUGCGGAGCAUCAACAAGGAGGAUCUCGGGUACAGAGCGAUGCGGUGACUCGCCGCGAACAAUUUAAUAAUUUUGAAAUAAGGCGAGUAUUUAACAUUCCCUCUCCGGAUGAAGCGAGCGACCUCGCUCAAUUUUACCUCGACGUCAGGGAUAAUUUUGUAGAUCUAGCGGAUAGGGUCAGACGGAAGUUAGUCGUAACGACCGGGUCAACUGGAGAUCAUCAGCGAGCACGCGCGAAAUCACUCUGUUUUUAACGUCGACGAAAGCGUUGAAAACAUUGUACCGGUUUUUGAGGACCUGCUAGCCAGGCUGAUACAAUCAAACGGAGCGAUCGUCGCUGGCUCUCCCCUAGAAAUUGUCGUGCAAGUAAUUAGAAAUCCUAGAGGCGGCGGCAGUAAUGACCCGCGUAAAAAGAUUCGCAAAACGUUAGAUGAUGAAAUUCUAGUCAAAAAGCGCCGCUGUCUGUACGUGGUAAAAAACAAAAACGAUAAUCUGUGUUUUGCCAUCAACCUGAUUCACCUCACUCAACCUCAUUUCACAGAUAAACAGGCCCUGGAACGCGGCAGAGAGCUGCAGCGUUUAGCGGGGUUGAGCGAUCGCACUCAGGUAACUCUCACCGACAUAGGUAAAUUCGAACAAAUACUAAAUCGUAAAAUCGUCGUGUUUUACCGCCCGCCCGAGGACAGGACUCUUUCGUUAAUAGAAACAGACUACCCGAACACGCCUCACCCGCUGUACUUAUUCUUAUUCCGGCAUCACUAUUACGGGAUAAAAAAUCUGAAAACAUUUUUAGGAAUCCAGUACAUUUGCGGGGAGUGUCACCGCGGGUAUUAUAAAAGAGAGGAACACUAUUGUCAAAACCGCUGCAACCUCUGUUUUGACCCCGCAUGCCCCUCGCACUUUCUGGACUCUGUAAUCUGUACGGAUUGUAACAGAUCAUGUCGCACACGCGCGUGUUAUUUAAAGCACAAACAACCUAGAAUUCACUCCGGUUCAGGCCUCAGCGUUUGUCAACAAUUGUAUAAAUGUCCGGACUGCAAACUCCUCUCCCGUCGCGGAAAGCACAGGUGCACAGCCGCCAGAUGUAAAAUCUGUCGCGCGGAGCUUCCUCCCGACAAAAAUCAGCACCUGUGUUACAUUCAACCUUUGAAACCUCAUGAGAGCUCUGAUAACGCUUCCAUAAUCUUUUACGACUUUGAAACCUUCCCAGACAGGGAGGGGGCGCACGUCCCUUACCUAGUGUGCACAAAAUCUCUAGAAGGAGAAGAGUGGCACGCAUACGGCGUAGACUGCGUUGAAAAGUUUCUCAAAAGAUACAGAAGGAAAAGAUAUAGAGAGACCACGUUCGUUGCGCACAACGCGAAAGGGUUUGACAGCUAUUUAAUUCUAAGUCACCUGGUGGGGGAGGGGAUGACACCCUCUCUCAUCAUGCAAGGCAGUAAAAUUAUAUGUUUCACAGAAUCCGAUUUCCUUCUCAAAUUCAUAGACUCUCUUUCAUUCCUCACCAUGCGUCUCAGCGCUAUGCCUAAAGCUUUAGGCUUCGAGGACAAAUCCAAGGGAUUUUUUCCUCACAAAUUCAGCUCGCGGGACCGCUUAAUUUAAAAUACGUGGGCCCGUACCCUCCUCCUUCGGAUUACGGGGUAGAACGCAUGUCCCUCUCCGAACGGGAGGAGUUUUUGCGUUGGCACGGCGAGGCCUCCCGGGGGGUGUUUAACUUUGAAAAAGAGUCCCUGUAUUACUGCCGAAACGACGUUAAUAUCCUGAGAGAGGCGUGCGUAAAGUUCAGAGACGGGUUUAUAGGCGAAACUAAAGUCGACCCUUUCAGCUGCGUCACUAUAGCUUCAGCCUGCAUGAAAGUGUUUCUCACCAAUUUCCUACCCGAAAACAGUCUGGCCAUUCCCUCGCCCGACAACUAUGGGCGCAGGUUCAAAGCUAUUCGCACGCGUCCAUUCAGUGGCUGGAGUGGGUAGCUCGCUCUCAGAAAAUCCCCGUUCAACACGCUCUCACAACCGGAGGGGAGAAAAAAAUAGGCCCGUACUUUGUCGACGGAUACGCGCUGAUUAACGGGGAAAAGUGGGUGUGGGAAUUUCUGGGAUGCUUUUAUCACGGCUGUCCAAAAUGCUACAGGCCGAGGAAAUCUGCCCUUUGACCCGCGCUCCUUACGGGGACCUGCACGCCUCCGCCGAGGCGAGGCUCCGGGAGCUGAGAAACGUUUACAGAGUCCGCACGGUCACGCUGUGGGAGCACGAAUGGAACGAGAUGAAAAAAUCGAACGAGGAGGUUAAAAAUUUUAUGCGGAGCUACGAAGCCCCGGAACCUCUGUCUCCUCGCUCGGGACUUUACGGAGGGCGCACUUCGGCCUUGAGGCUGCGUUACAGCGCCUCGCCGGGAGAAAAUGUGUAUUACGUAGACGUCACAUCCCUGUACCCUUACGUCAACGCCAAGCGCGCCUACCCUCUGCAUCACCCUCAAAUCAUCAGAGAGAAUUUUGCAGACCCUCGCAGUUAUUUCGGGUUGAUCAGAGCCACCGUUUACCCGCCGCGCGGGCUCUAUUUCCCCGUUCUACCGUACAAAACCCCCGGAGGUAAAUUAAUAUUCUCCCUCUGUCGCACCUGCGCCGAGACUAAUCAUCAAAGCGGCCCGUGCCUUCACGACGACGAGGCCAGAGCUCUCACCGGGGUCUGGGUCACCGUCGAGUUUAACAAAGCCUUAGAAUUGGGUUACAGAGUGGCUAAAAUCACAGAGGUCUGGCACUUUGAUAGCCGCAGCAGCGAUAUUUUCGCCGGUUAUAUUAACACUUUUCUCAAAGGCAAACAGGAAGCCUCCGGCUAUCCUCCGGAAGCUCGCGACGAGGAUGGGAGGAGCAAAUACGUGGAAGAGUACCACAGGCAUCAGGGGAUACGUUUAGACCCGUCAAAAAUAGAGGUGAAUCAGGCCAAAAGGCAGGUAUCAAAAUUGUGUCUCAACAGUUUCUGGGGAAAGUUUGCUCAGAGAACCAACCUGACUCAGACCACUCUGGUCAGAAAGCCCAGUCAGUUUUUUAACUCGUCUUUUCGGGCCAGUACGACUUUAAACACGUCUCUUUUUUAAAGACCAAAAAACAGGAAGUGGCUUUAAUUCAGUGGAGUAUAACGAGCGGUGCGUGAUACCUCCCGGCGCGACCAAUAACGUUUUCAUCGCCGCUUUCACCACAGCCUACGCCCGUCUAAAACUCUACGAGUAUUUAGAAAAAUUGCAGCGCAGCGUUCUGUACACCGACACCGACUCUCUGAUCUACGUAGUGAAAGAGGGGGAGGAACCUUUAGAGCUGGGCAACUAUCUAGGGGAUCUCACGGACGAAUUAGACGGGGACACCAUCCAGGAAUUUGUCUCCGCGGGUCCAAAGAGUUACGCCUACCGGACCAGAAACAAAAAGAAACUGGUGGUAAAAAUGAAAGGAUAACGCAGACGAGAGAAUGUUGCGACGGGUCAAUUUUGACAGUAUGAGCGGGUUGGUGGAAAGUUACCUUUCGGUAUGAAGGAGGCGGAGCUCGACCCCUCAGCACGGCAUUCA